GACUGGAAAGCCUGUGUCAUCACGUCUCAUUUCUUAUUUGAAAUCAGCAAACUAGAUUCAGUAGACAUGACCUCAUGCCUCAUGAAAGUGGGGGUUUUGUCUUUUGCACACUGCAAUACCUCCAGGACCUAGCAGCAUGGCUGGCAUGUAUUUGUUCAAAGUGAAUACUCACACCUUCACACCCUCUCUAGAGAGCUGUUCUUGUAAGUCUCUCAAAUGUAUGAUUUAGAGAAGUCAAAGUUAAAAAAAAAAAACAAAAAAAAACGCUGCAGCACCACCCAUAGGUGAGGCUAUUCUGCAAAAUAUAUUGUCUUGAGGUUUGUUUCGUCUGGACAAAACGUAUUUCCACAGAUACAACUCAAAGGUGUUAAUUUAGAGUGCUGUGUGCCCUGUUUAUGGAUUCCCAGACGUCAUAAGAGACGGAGGACGCUCGGCGAAGCAAAAUGAGGGCAGCAGCGGGAAACCAGUUUCACCAGGUUCCGCCUUUUCUCGUUCACUUCCGCCCUUCCCAGUUCCUAAGCAGACAGGUGGGGCCGGGUUUUGCCUGUCCGGAAAGGGCGGGCUGCAGGGUGGCCCAAACUUCCGGCAGUGGCAAGGCGGCCUGGCUAGUGGUUCCAAUGCGAGGCGGGAGAGCGGCUGGAUGACGUCACGGAAUGGGGCGAAUGAGGGCGGCACCCGAGUGGGUGCGCAUGCGCAACAAGGUGUCUGCCGGCCUAGAGCGGAGCCGGCUGCGAGGGUCUCCCCAGCACAGGCGGGAUUUGCAGUGUUGCUUGCGGCUGGGCGCGGGGGACUAGCUGCCUUCCCGGCAGCAGGCAGGAAGCAGCAAAAAGUUUCUGAGCCCGCGAACCUGUAGCGGACGUGGAAAAAGAACGCCCCUCCUCAAGUGUCUGGCUGAAAGAUGCCACCCAGGGAAGGGAAUUGUGGCUAGCUAAGGAGGCCAUUCUUGAUGUUGCUUCUAGAUGUCAUGUCAUCACCGAGCCCUCAGCUGCUGGUGGCAGCUGCUCAGCAGAACCUUGGCCUGGGAAAGAGACGGAGUCUACCCCAAGCCAUCUGCCUUCACUUAGCUGGAGAGGUGCUGGCUGUGGCCCGGGGACUGAAGCCAGCUGUGCUCUAUGAUUGCAACUGUGCAGGGGCAUCAGAGCUCCAGAGCUAUCUGGAGGAGCUGCAGGGGCUUGGUUUCCUGAACUUUGGACUUCACAUCCUUGAGAUUGGAGAAAACAGCCUGAUUGUCAGUCCUGAGCAUGUAUGCCAGCACUUGGAGCAGGUGCUGCUUGGUACCAUAGCCUUUGUGGACGUUUCUGGCUGCCAGCCUCACCCUUGUGUCUGCUCCCUGGACCAGCGUCAGGACUUGAAGGCCCUCGUGGCUGAGAUCAUCACACAUUUGCAGGGACUGCAGAGGGACUUAUCUCUAGCAGUCUCCCACAGCAGGCUCCAUUCCUCAGACUGGAAUCUCUGUACUGUAUUUGGGAUCCUCCUGGGCUAUCCUGUCCCCUAUACCUUUCACCUGAACCAGGUAGAUGACAACUGCUUAGCUCUGACUCCACUACGAGUAUUCACUGCCCGGAUCUCAUGGUUGCUAGGUCAACCCCCAAUCCUGCUCUAUUCCUUUAGUGUCCCAGAGAGCUUGUUCCCAGGCCUGAGGGACAUUCUAAACACCUGGGAGAAGGACCUCAGAACCCGAUUUAGGACUCAGAAUGACUUUGCUGAUCUCAGCAUCUCCUCUGAGAUAGUCACACUGCCUGCUGUGGCCCUCUGACUUUAACUCUCCUCUCAUACAGAAGUUUCAGGUAUUCUCAAGGUUUCCCUGGGAGCUGACAAAGUGGUUAGUGCUGGGAUUCCUUCCCAGGGUGCAAAGAGAAGGAUACUGGGAGAAAGAGAGAGAACGAAGAUGGAGACAGUGAUCUAGUGAAUUAGAGACUAAAGUGAAAAUGGCCAAGCCAGAACUGGGUAAGUAGGAAUGAGUGUGUUAUUCUCUAUCUGAUGGCAUUUCUAGAAAGUAGGAUUGAGGUUCAGGCAUUCUUCUCCUUUAAUUCUAGAUUCCCGAGAUGGAAGUAUCCUUCAGAACGCUUACCUGGGUACACGUGUACAGCUGGUUUUCUAAGGAUCUCAGUUUCCCCUUUAGUUUGUCUUCAUUAAGCUGUCCCUAGAGCAAAUGGGAUGAGUUAAUGAACUUGGGCCAAAAUCUAGUCUGCAAAGAGUUUGACUCUACAUUCCUAUCCUACUGCCCAACACAUAGUUGGUGCUCAAACAGUGAACUCUUUCAGGAGGUAGGCAGGAGCAAAGAUGACAAAGGAUGUUAGUUAGAAGAGGAUCUUCUCUUUCCCUGGGCUAGGACAAGAAAGAAUCAGACUGGCCUCAAGUCCUCUUUUUCCUCAAUUUUUAUCAAAUGGCCCCGGGUCGCAUAGCAGGGGGUUGGGGGGCCUGGAAUGAAAGCUUCUAAGCUACCCUUUCACUCACUACCUUCCCUCCCCUGUCUAGGCACUUCUGUACUCCUCACCUCUUCUCAGUCUUGUACGUGGACUUUUGCCUGUAAAAUGUAGGCCAGUAAGGCUAACACAGUCUCCCUUCCCAGGAGAAUAUUUAUUCCCUCCCUUAUCCACUGUUACGGGCUGAUGUGUAUCUCCUCAACAUUCCUAUGCUGAAGUCCUAAGCCCCGAGUGCCCCAGAAUGUGACCAUAUUUGGAGACAGGGUCUUUAAAGAUGUAGUUAAGUUAAAAUGAGGCCAUUAGAUUGGGCCCUAAUCCAAUAUGAUGAAUGUCCUUACUAAAAGAGGGAUCAGGACACUGCGGGAAAGCCACAUGGAGACACAGAGAGAGAUGGCAGGGGAGAGACCACAGGAGAAACGAACUCUGCCCACACCUCGAUCUCAGACUUUUGACCUCCGGAACUGUGAGAAAAUAAGUUUCUGUUGUUGAAGCUCCCCUGACUGUGGUACUUUGUCACAGCAGUCCUAGGAAAUUAAUAUACUCUCUUCCCUGCCACACAUACCUGCACAUAUACACACACCUCCACAUGCACGUGCACACUUCCACCUGCACACACACGCCUCCUCAUGCACAUGCAUACCUCCAACUGCAUACGCACACCUUCACCUGCACACGCAUACUUCCACCUGAACAUGCACAGACACACUUCCACCGGCACACAUAUGCCUGCACAUACACACACACACUUCCACCUGCACACUUCCACCUGCACAGUACACCUCCACCUGCACAUGCACACUUCUACCUGCACAUACACACCCUCACAUGCAAACCUCCACCUGGACAUGUACACCUCCACCUGUACACGCACACCACAUGUGCACACACAUCUCCACACGCGCACGCACAUCUCCACACGCGCAUGUACACCUCCACAUGUGCAUGCACACCUCCACCUGCACAUGCACACC